AUGAGAAUAUCCACUUUUUCCUCAAUCACUGCUAUAUUAGCUGCUGCUGAAGCUGCUCCAGUUAUAUAUACCAACUACGUCACUGCUGAUACUACUCAUACCAAUUGGGUCACUGUUACUACUGGAACCACUACAAAAACAGGUUUGACUACAAUCUACGGUCCACCACCAACUGCCACCACUACUUCAACUUCUUCUACAUCCUCGCCAAGUUCAACUUCAUCAACGUCGUCUACACCAGCUGCACCAAGCCCAAGCUCAAGCUCAAGCUCAGAAGUAAGUUCUACUGCCACUACCCCCACAACUAGCUCUUCAUCGGUACCCGAAACAUCAACACAAUCAACAAGCUCAACUACAUCAACUACCCCAACCACCUCUUCUUCCUCCUCAUCCUCCACUACCACUACAUCGGCUCCAACAACCGCUCCAGCCACCACCACCUCAUCCUCCACUACCACUUCAUCAACACCAGCAACAUCAUCAUCAAGUCAAUUAUCGACCCCAUCCACUGACGCCGCAUUCGCCAACACAAUCUUAGCUGCCCACAACCGUGUCCGUUCCCUCCAUGGAGUACAAAACUUGAGCUGGAACGACACUUUGGCCCAAUACGCAGUCGACUACGCCGCCCGUACUUUUUCAUGUGACAAUGUCCAAUUAGUCCAUUCUGGUGGACCCUAUGGAGAAAACUUGGCUGCUGGAUACCCCGGUGGUGAUUCACCCGUCAAUGCAUGGUAUAAUGAAAUUAAAGAUUAUAACUUUGAUUCACCAGGAUACUCUUCGGCAACGGGACAUUUCACACAAUUGAUUUGGAAAGCUACUUCACAAGUUGGUUGCGCUUAUGUUACUUGUAAUAAUGCUUGGAGACAAUACACCAUUUGUGAGUAUUAUAGCAGGGGUAACAUUGUUGGAACUGAUUGGACUACUGGUAAGUCAUACUUUGAAGAGAAUGUACUUCGUCCAGUCAGUGGUGAAGUGCAGUUACAGUAA